AUGGCACUCCAAACCUCACGCAGUAGCCUUCCGCACACGGGGCUCGCGGCCCUGCUAGCCAGCCUCGAUACGCCCGGAGAAAUCCAGCUCCCAGGCGGCACCGUCGUAGCCACAGGCACCGGCGAUCCACGCUACCGUGUGAUUUUCCGCACCGCGCGCGCUCUCCGCACCCCAAUGACCGAACUGGGCGUCGGUCGUUCCUAUAUCAGCGGCGAGAUCGAGGUAGAGGGCGACAUUGGCGCUCUGUUUGACGCGAGGGAGCGGCUCCGCAACCAGAUCCCGCUGCGACAGAAGGUCCGAUUCGUAUACGACUUCCUACGGAGCACCACGCAGAUGAACGCCAAAGCCAUCGACGACCACUACAGCUACGGGGAUGAUUUCUUCCUCACCUUCAUGGACACGCGGUAUCGGCUCUACUCGCAUGGGAUCUUCGCUUCGCCCGACGACACCCUCGAAGACGCCUCCGGGCGCAAGCUCGAGGCGAUGUUCAUCGCGCUGGUCCUCAAGCCCGGCAUGCGCUUGCUGGAUAUCGGCGGCGGUUGGGGCGGCGUCACGCAGUACUGCGGCGCGCGCGGCGUGCACGUCACGACGCUGACAAUCGCCCCGGACUCUGCGCGGUACAUCCAGCGUCUCAUCGCCGAGAAGGACCUCCCCGGCGAGGUUUUUCUCCAGGACUUCCUGGUGCAUCAGCCGACGGCACUGUACAACCAUGCCGUUAUCUACGGCGUGAUCGAACACAUCCCCAACUACGCCCGGUUUGCCCACCGCGUGUGGGAUGUGUUGGAGCCGGGCGGCCGGUUGUAUCUCGAUGGGUCGGCGGCGGUCGAGAAGUUCACGGCAAGUGCGUUCACGCGGAAGUAUAUCUGGCCCGGGGCACACGCGUUUAUGACGGUCCAGGAUGUGAUGGCGGAGCUGCUGUUUCAUGGGUUUGAGAUUGUCGAGGUCAAGAGAGAGACGCGUGACUAUGAGCUGACUAUGUUGGAGUGGGCGAGGCGUCUGGAGAGGGCGAGCGACCAGAUCAUCGCGCGUUGGGGCGCGGAGACGUAUCGCGUGUUUCGAUUGCGGUUGAACGAGCUCGAGGAUACAAGACUCGUUUUGGUUUGA